GCUGUCCUCCAUCUAUCCCCUUCCCCUCCUCCUCUGUCCCGGCCCCUGGGCCAGGGAAUGUGCCGGAUUGGAGAUGCCUUACGUGGAUCGGCAGAACCGGAUCUGUGGCUUCCUGGACAUCGAGGAAAACGAGAGCAGUGGGAAGUUCCUGCGCCGCUACUUCAUCCUAGACACCCAGCCGGGCAGCCUGGUGUGGUACAUGGACAACCCUCAGGUAACACAGUAGGACUGAUGGCUAGCAUUAGCUUGGUCAUUCUCACAAAACUGACAUUUUACAAAAUAAUUCUCGUGUCAUUUUUCACAAUGUCCUCUUGGAUCACUGAGAUUAGCAUAUGUACUUAUCUAUUUCAUAAUUAUUAUUUUUAAUUAUUUUAAUUAUGUUUUUUUAUCAGAUAUUAUGCAUUUGACCACAAUUUCCACAAAAUUAUCAUUCCCUGCAGCAGUCAAAAAAAGUAAUAAACAAAUCAAUUUAAAAUAUUUUUUUACAUUGCUCCCGUAAUGAAAAGGCCUGAGUUAAACAUAAAACCAAAUAAAAUAAAACCAUUAUUAUAACAUGACAUUCCCCAACUUUAGCUUUUUUGCCAUUUCGGUAAUGAGAAGGCCAAGUGGGGUAAAGGGGGUGUUUGAGAAUAAGAACCUAAUUCUGAAGGCAUAAAAGCGAAUAAAAUAACUUCUACUACUCCUCUAGAUCAGUGUUUCCCAAACUCAGUCCUCGGGACCCCAAGGGGUGCACAGUUAGGUUUUUGCCCAAGCACUACACAGAUGAUUCAACUAAUCAUCAAGCUUUGACUAGUUGAAUCAGCUGUGUAGUGCUAGGGCAGAAACCUAAAUGUGCACCCCUUGGGGUCCCCAGGACCGAGUUUGGGAAACGCUGCUCUAUAUGAUGCAUCAUGGGUGAAUAAAACUUUAUUUAAAAACUGAUUGGCAUUUUUACAGGAACUUGAAAAAGUGUUACGGUAAUGAGACAUGUCCUCAGACAGUGUUUGUACCAGGGUUUCCAUUAGCCGGUAAUAAAAAUGAUAACCAAUAAAUAAAACUGCCGCCGGCCAAUUGUCCGCUAGAAGGAAAAAAAUCCCAUUGCAAAAUAAUGUUUUUUAGCCUAUUCAUUGAUGGAAAUAUCAGUCGAUGGAAAUACAUUUGACCGGUCAUGCUUAUCUGUCUAUAGGUUAAUUUGCAUAAUUUCAUGGAAUUAAAUUGGCACGUGUGUAUUUUCGUUAGUCAUUAUGUUUAUCACACGCCCACAGCAUACAGAUACAGAGUCAAUGAGCGGAAAAUUGCAGACAGCGAGAAAGCUGCUGCUACAGCUUCUCAAACAGCUCAUUUGUUGCUGCUGGAGUGAAACUCACUUUUAAAAGCCCGAUCAUUGCGUAACAAUUCUAAAUGCAAUUGCGUGUUAAAAACAGUUUUGAUGGCCACGAUUUAGAAAGAGCUACUAUUUUUAUUUCUCAAUUGGUAGGCUAAUUGAAGCGCGCUUCCCAUUUGCCAUUCAAGUGCAUAUAGGCAACGUUAGGCAGCAUUCAGCGCAUCACACACCACUUUGCAUUGAGCUGGAGGCAGUAUGCAUUUUGAAAAAAUAUACUUAAUUGUCUGAAACCUGAACGUUUUACUUCAUUUUAUGAGACUUGUCUUACCUUACUUCAACGUAAAACCGACCAUAGAAAUAUGGAGGCAAUUAUUUUAUAAAGAUUUCCUUCCACAUGCCAUUGAAACCAGUAGCCUAUUUCUCUCAAUCCUAGUCAUAUUAGCAACCCAUGCUAGUUGUUGCGUCUUUAGAUCUCCCCUCUUUCUACAUUUCUAACAGAUAUUUUCAUCUCUGUCACAUGAAACCGCUUAUAUGUGCAGUGUGCUUUUGACAACAGUGUUUUCCUGCUAAUUGCAUUAUGGAAGGAACAUUCACACAUAGUCUACUGCCUUGUGCUCAUUGCUGUGCUUAUAACGUGAAGAAAUAAGUUGAUCAACAUUUUCAGCAAAACGUGCUGAUCUGUUGCAUCAGCCUCAUUGCUUUUUAAAGUUUGUUUUUGAUGUAGCCUAGGCCUACUGCUUGUAUGAAUAUGGGAUCUAUCGUCCCACAACUGUCCCAGAGUCUGUUUGGAAUAAGUUAUUUAUUUCUUGCACAGCUUGACAAGGUACACUUUUCUACUAUGGGGGAUUGACAUAGGCUAGAGAUUUUGCUGUUCAUUACUUGUCUUGUUGGCUGAGGAAAAGUAAAUGUGGCAGUUAUUCUAACAUCUUCAAAGUGCGCAAUGGAAUUCGGAAAGAAGGACGCACGCAGUUGCAUCCUCGAAUUGCAUGUUCUGUUAAGAUGAAUAACCAUAAUCUAAAUGUGAUUUCUGUCAAUUUGAGCACCGUGGGUGGAUGCAUAUGCAUAUUUCCAUUGCACUGACACUCCACAAACAAGAAACACAUCUUAGAGUUAAAAAUUCUGUUAGUGCUUAUAAAUUGAACCUGCUAAAAAAUGUUGUACUUGUAUUAGAUUAUUAACAAUGGAAUAGGAACCUUGAAUUGAUUACUCGAGUACUCGCACCCAUCCCUAGUUACUGGUGUGGUACAUGGACAACCCUCAGGUGACAGAUGCGGAUGUGUAAGGUCUGACCACUAUGUUUUUACUCAAACCUAAAACCACUGUUGUUCUCAUUAUCAGUUGAAGUCCCCCCCCCCCCCCCAACCACCAAGUGUUUCUUCUUUAGAAUACCCCAAAUACAUAAUAUGAGAACACCCCGUAUAUUAUAAGGUCAUGGUUUGCAACAAUGGACAAUAUUCAAUGAUAUCUAAUAGUUCAUCACCCACAUUUUCCCCUUGUAGAACCUGCCCAUCAGUGCGGACUGUGUUGGCUCACUCAAACUCACCUACAUCUCCAAGGUAAGAGAUUUGCUGAAGAAUUUACAUAUAAUUGAUUUUAUACUGCGUCUUGGUAGGUGCUUGUUGAAAAAGGGAUAUUAAGUACAUUCACUGUGAGUGAUCAUUAACUGUGGUUUUUGUACUUGUCUUGCCUCGUAGGUCAGCGAUGCCACUAAGCAGAGACCAAAGGCAGAGUUUUGCUUCGGUAAGAUUGAGGACAACUAUUCUCUUUCCUCUCAGUUCCUCUGCUCAAUUAAUAUGGAAAUGGUUGUAACUUGGCUCCACUUUUCAAGACCUUCAGUAUUUAUAAACUAAUUCUGAACCACAGCUAUAGAUAUACAGAGUUCGGCAAACGUAGUUUCUAGAUUUAGAAUGUUAGUGGACACCAAAAGUUCCAUUAUUUAUAUGGACAUGGGCUAUUUUUCCCAGUUGCAUGAGCUGAAUUGGCUAAAUGACUAAAUAAUAUGGGGGUAGGUGAGUCCAUGUUUCUGUCCAGCAAUAAAUCCAGCUUUUUUUCAGGAUUGACAUGACAGUGACAUCUCAAAGAGCCAGAAUUUCUCAGUUCAAGGUCUGCCCUGACAGAUGCCACCAUGUACACAAGGCUGGGGUGUUUAGAUUGACUUGAACCUGAGGGAGGAAUGCAUCCUUCUUGCCCUUCUCUUACCUCUAUCACCUCAGCUUGCUUUUCCAGUGGCUAGUCUCCAUGCUAUGGACAACCCUGCAUAGCUUCAGCUGUUUGGCCAACAGAGACAUGCAGGGUAGCAGCUGAUCAGGAUACUGUACAUCAGGGGUCAGCAACAGGCGUAGUUGUUGGUUAAAAAAGACAGGAAAAUCACCAGGAAUUCAGCCAGAAAUUAGUUAAAUUUAGGAAAUCUGUUCCCAAGUACUCCCGCAAACAAAAAACAGACAUAGGCCUAUGUGAUCAUGUCUCAAUGUAAUAAAAGGUAUGAAAUUAUUAUUUUCAAAUACAAUCUCUUUUUGGGCUUAGCUGUGUGUGUGUCAACAUUCCCCCCUUUGCCCUCAAUAGCAGGAAACACUAGUGUGUGACAGGUCUGCCCCCAUCAUCACCACACCGUGUGUGUUGGGGUUUUGACAGGAUGCUGGCAUCCAAAUCGGAACCCAUUCUGGGGUAUUUUUAAACCACUGUUUGCAUGCCAUGUUUAGUUGAUUUCCACAUUUAUUACCAUUGCACCCCUUCCUAACUCCCAUGUCUUUAAAAGUAGCUCUUAAUUGGUGUUUUCAGGAAAAGCCAUUUGGGAAAGGCUGUCAUACUUCCAGAUGGGCUUACAGUAAAACAAGGAUCAGAGUGGCAAGCAAUGAUUCAUGUCCAUGUGUGUGUGGCUCUGAUGCUGCUGCCCAGCUGUGUGACUCAACACACAUGUUUUGUGUGUGAUCGCAGCUGUGAGUCAGAUCUUAGAUAUCCCCCUCCCAGCUUAUUAUUCACUUCCUUUGAAAGCCCCCACCACUCUUGGUCUACACACCCCUUCAGCCAGACUGUGAUACAGUUUAUAGUGGGGUAAAUUGUACGUGCUAACGUGGCAUACACUCCCGUUAGAUAAUACGAUUUUGGUUUCUUCUGGUUUCACUGCUGUCACUUUUGGAUUCAUUUAUAGCUUCAUCUUUAUUUUUUCCAUGAUCUCAUUGUCUCAGUAGCCUAUGUUUAACAAAAUGCCCAUGGCAUGCCUGCCUCUUACUGAUCAUCUCCCACUCAUUGAGUCACUCAUUCAUUCCACACCAUUAAUGUUCAAUCAAUGGUCAGGAUCCAUCUGCUUUCAGUUUCCAUCACUGUGGUUUUUGUGUGGUCAGAACAAGUGGCACUUAGGGAUGGACAUGGUUAUUCGAAUAUCCGAACUGACGUUGGUAUUCGAAUACUUGCAAGAGUAUUAAUUUCUGAAGAAAAAAACCUCAAAGGCCUAUUUUAACAAUGAAAAGGCUUUGUCUAAAUUAAAUGAUCUAUGUGACAUUGCUACACACAAUGAUAUACCAUGACAUUUGAAAUUCUUAAUUCAAUAAAACAAACUUUAGAAUGUAGUUUUUAUGACAUGCGCCCCAUAAAAAGACAUAAGCCUACCAGAGUAGCCUACACCGGUUUCACACGUUUGUUGUUAUUGUCGGCCAAUAAAAGUGACGCUGUCUACUGUCAGUGGCUCUGUGUAGCAAGCAACGUGGUAGAUCUCUAAUUAAUAGUCUAAUAAAAAGCAUGAGCUGGCGCACACCCAGAGAACGUAGAGGUGCUGACCAACGGAGAAUAAACUGUAAGCUAUAAAAACAAAUAAAGAGAGUCGCACACUCUAUGUAUAAACUCCCAGUAAUUGAUUGGGUAAGAAACCACCAACGUUUCGGCAUCACUGUGACUUCUUCAGGUUUCUUACCCAAUAAAUUACUGGGAGUUUAUACAUAGUGUGCGACUCUCUUUAUUUGUUUUUAUAGCUCUCUAAUUAAUGCAAGAAGGAAUACAAAUUACGGAAUUAAAUGAGUUAUAUAAGAAGGAGUAGGCUACAACGAGGAACCAUCAGGUAGGCUGUUUAAUUUGAAUGGAAUUGUUGUAGACAAGGACGGGAAGCGCAGCACAAUACCCUCAAUUAGCCUAGGUAGCGAGCUAGCUAGCUGGCUAACAUAGCUGUUUAUCUUAUCUAGCUUCUUUACAUCGAUUUGAUGCGGUCAAGACAGGCACUACCAGAUGGAAUGACAACCUAUGGCAUGUACAAGUUUGUCUAGCUAGCGCGAGUCUGUUUUGCCCCUGUGGUCACUUGUGCAAGCAACACACACAUACACAUGCACACGCACAUAUAGAAACUUAGAAGAAUUAUGGCCAUUGUCACAAAGUUCUAGUGCUUAAAGCUAUUUGCUGCACCACCACCCAGGCUAUAAUGUAAUUUAACCCAAUGAUCUGAAAGGGAGAGCAGGAAAGUAAAGUAAAGGAAGGGAGGGAUGAAAUAAUUAAGAGACAAAGAAAGAUGGCGACAGGAGCACUCUCCAUGCCAGAAUCACUGGUUCAGAGCUAAUCAGGCUUUGACCUAAAACCUCUGUGUUUGGUGUGUGUAAUUUGUAAUAGCCUUGAGCCCCUUUUUGUUAACAUAUUGGUGGAAGGUCACUAGAAUGGGCUGCUGAUUGCCUUGAUGCAAUUCUCCACUCUCAUAUAAUGGACCCAAUGCUCCUGCUACACCUCCCGAGUGGUGCAGUGGUCUAAGGCACUGCAUCGCAGUGCUAGCUGUGCCACUAGAGAUCCUGGUUAGAAUCCAGGCUCUGUCGUAGCUGGCCGCGACCGGGAGACCCAUGGGGCGGCGCACAAUUGGCCCAGCGUCGUCCAGGGUAGGGGAGGGAAUGGCCGGCAGGGAUGUAGCUCAGUUGGUAGAGCAUGGCGUUUGCAACGCCAGGGUUGUGGGUUCGAUUCCCACGGGGAGCCAGUAUGAAAAAAAAUAUAUAAUAAUAAUAAUGUAUGCACUCACUAACUGUAAGUUCCUCUGGAUAAGAGCGUCUGCUAAAUGACGUAAAUGUAAAUGUAUGCCUUGUCCGAUUAGUAACAGCAGACUAUCCAACCUAGUCUCAGAGCAUUUCCUAUUAUUUUUGCUAUAUAUUUUUUUCUCUUUGAAUUGGGUCACUCACCAUUAGGCCUAUUUUCGAUGUCUUCCAUCUUCUCUUUAUUGGUCUUCCUCUUUCUCAGUCAUCAACGCUGGCAUGAGGAAAUUCUUCCUCCAGGCCAAUGAUCAGCAGGACCUGGUGGACUGGGUGAACGCUCUCAACAAGGCCACCAAAAUCACUGUGAGUCUCACUAAAUGCUGCACUGUCUUUUAUUACUGAGGACCUGUUUCACACACCAGAAGACAUAGCCUAGUCCUCUUUAGAAAACGAUGACUUCCUGUUAAUGACAGAAAUAUUUCCUGGUAAAGUGAGUAAAAUCUCAAGAUUUCACUCGUGUGUGUGAGUCAAGAGGGUGACUGGCAGGGUGGUUAUUGCUAGGAGAGACCUUUCUGGGCGUCCGGUAGCCUAGUGGUUAGAACGUUGGGCAAGUAACCGAAAGGUCGCGAAUACCCGAGCCGACAAGGUGAAAUAUCUGCCGCUGUGCCCUUGAGCAAGGCACUUAACCCUAAUUUGCUCCAGGGGCGCAGUAAACAACAACAAAUUUCACUGCAUGUGAAAAUGUAUGUGACAACAAAACAUCUUAUUUAUUUUUGCCCUUGGUCUAGGGGAGCUGUGGAGUACUCCCACUCAACUCUUGGGAUCCCUGCUAACCCACACACUCCAACCUCAGAAAGGGCUAGAAACAGGAGUAAUCGGUAAAAGUAGUCAAACAGGAGGAAUCAAGGUCUCCUGUACAUGUUAUGAAUGUUUUUCACACCAUUGUCUCUUGCAGGUGCCAAAGUCCUGUGAUGGCCAACAGAAUGUGGAGACCCAGAAAGCCCUUCUGGACAACCUGGGACCCAAGAAGCAGGUCUCAUACAGGACUGACAUCAUCGGGGGAGUUCCCAUCAUAACCCAGAUGCAGGUAGCCAAGGCUAGCCCCUCUACCUAUCCCUAACCCUAGCUAGUUCAUUGUCAGUAGAGUUGCAGUUGAUAGUUUGAGCAUCUACAGAGCAUUUUUAGGGGACUACACAACUCCGGUGUACUUCCCCACAGCAGGAAAGGGGAGAGAGCCAGGAGGGUUCAGAGCGAGAGUUGCUGCAGAGAUCCCACAACCAGCUGCCAUACUUCCUGGGCAGGCCAACCCAGGACAAGACGGUCAUCAAGUCUGGCUAUUGUGUCAAGCAGGGAGCUGUGGUGAGUGCAGGGGACUAUGGUGGGUUACAGUAGGGGGGCUCUUAGUUUGAGGUUUGGUGUGUUACACUAGGGGGGCAGUAGCAUGAAGAAGUAAUGUGUGUUUUUUUUAAUGCUAUUUUCUUUUCCCCAGAUGAGGAAUUGGAAAAGGAGAUAUUUCUUACUGGAGGAGAACUCCAUGAGUUACUUCAAAUCAGAUCUGGUAAGUCCUUUUCAUCAACACUGGAAAGCAUACUGGAAUUACUUAUUACUCAUACACACACUCACAUGUCCUGGCAUGCUCCACCUCAUGUUCCUGGAAUCUUGUGCCUCUGCUACACAUGUCCUAGCAUGUCCCUGUCUCUGUGCCCUACCACACACAGUCCACGAAGAACUUCCAUGCUUGCCCAUAUUUUUCACCAGCAUGUGUCUAUUUAGCAUCAACAGUGCCCAAGGACGGUCUUUCUCCCUUGUCUUCUUUGUGUUCCAAAUAUACUCUAUCAAUAAGGCCUUGAAAGUUGGUUUUGCUCAACAGAAAGUAGCCCGAAAGACCAGUGCAGUAAUUUACCUGUGGCGCUGCGCCACGGCAAACUCAUUGCCGCCACGCCCCAAAAAAUAUGGACCAUGAACAAAUAUUUCUGCCUAGGCGCACUUUGAAGAUGCUGGAACAGUCCACAUUUACUUUUUCUUUGCAAACAAAACGAGUAGGCUAAUGAAUAGGAAAAUCAGACAACCCCGUAGUCAGCUUGUUGUGUCUUCUUCGCGAGAGAAAUAUUCCUCUCGAGGGACAUUCAAGUUAUGAGUGCCACAGGGAGGGAAUUCCCAGAAUCAAAUAUAGGCUGCAAAAAUAGGCUACAUUUAUUUAGUAGGCUGCUCAAAUUUUUACCAGCCGCACCGGUUUACACUUUAUAUGGGCUGAAUUAAUGUAAUAAUUAACUGUUUAACUGAAUUAUCGAAAACAAAUAGGCCUACAUGCUUGCACUUUGUGCAGGCUGUGUAUCCAUCUACUGUGUUCAGGGCUCUACAUUAAAAAAUGUCAUUGGUAGCACUGGUGCUCUAAACUUAGAAAAGUUAGGAGCACCACAUUAAAUUUAGGAGCACCAGAAAAUACGAUUUUUAAAAAUUGAGAUACAGCUUAUAUUGGGCCUAAAAUGAUUUCUAGCUAAUUUGGAAACUCAUAUUGUUCCCUAAAAACAAAUAUGUAACACUAUAAAUACAUUAGUUAAAAUGUUGAUUGAGUGUGUGUGUGUGUGUGUUACGAACACCUGUCAUUGAAAUUACAAAGUCAUUUGUGGAAUAUUAGGUUUCUACAUUGUGUAAAAGCACUAUUUUCCUAUUGACAUGAAUUACAUUGAAAAUUGUACACUGUCUCUUUAAAAACGUCAGGUUUGUUAUGAGGACAUGCUAGAGAUCUGUAAUUCAUUAAUUGCUAUGAUUAUUGAUCUCCUGAAGAAGAUCCCUUUUCCUUUCUUUCUGUGCCCCCAAAUGUUUGGAUAUACUGGUAAAGUUAACAAGUUGUUGGUUAGCUAGCCAAUGUAACAUGGCUGAAAAAAGCGUCAACAAAUGGCUAAUGACGUCGACACGCGCGAGUACUUUCAGAAUGGCCUAGGACAUGUUUUAUGAAUGUAACAUGCGGUCCCAGCGAUAUGCUAUAGGAAGAUAAAAAUGUUGCGCCGUUAAUAUGGGUCAGAUCUUUUGACCUGGUUAGACUAGAAGCAAUCCGUUUCUGAUGUAGUAAUGGUUGCAACCAUGACGCUAACGAAUCUGUGCUUGUUUCUCUAGGGCAAUCUGAAACAACUGUACAGCGAAGCCUUAUCAUUACAAAAAAUAUUAUCGGAAAUCAUAGUCGCACAGUGCUCCCAAAAUAAAACUACUGGUCGCACUGUAAAAUAUUUUGUCGCAUAUUCGACCAAAUUGGUCGCACUUUAGGGCCCUUACCGGCGUUGUCCUUCCAUACUGCGCAGCACCUAUUUCCACGAUUUAUGUUGUAGCCUAUUCCCUUAUCAUAACCUUUCUUUAUAUUUCUCCGGUUAGGCCUACUUUAGCCAUUUUCGCAUGAGCUAGGCUAUCCAGGGAAAGUAAACUUGGCAAAGUGUCGUAUUCUCACGUGGGGAGAGGGACAAUAAGCUCUGCGCGUGGCAAAUUAGAACGUUUUAGCACCACACAAGUAAGGGAAAGUUCCCGGCUCUCAAUGUGUGCAUGGCUGGUAGCCUUAUGUCUACCUCGCCGCUCACAGAAUAUAAUUCACAACACAAUGCUACACAACCAGCUCCAGGGUUGAAAAAAAAAAGUGUAUUAUCGUGAUUUUAAAUAUUUCCGACCCGCAAUGUAACUGUUCUGAACCGCGAGCCGACCUACGGGUUGAAAUAAUGUUUUCAUUCCACCCGCCAGCUGAUUUAUUUUUAUUUUUUUAUUGGCUCACUCACGGGAACCUGGGUCUCCAACCAGAUGCAGGACUCUACUAAUGAUUAGCCCAAUAGGGUAAAUGCAGAUAGGCAACCCCAUGCUUCAACUUAUUUAUUUAUAGCCACUAUGCUACAUUAGCUGGGCUACAGGUGAUAAUGCUUAUUGCUAAUAGCAUACCUGAUUAUAUGGACCAUGCUUAGGCUAUAUGCAUGGUCCAAUAUGUAGAAAUGAUUUUACCAAUAUGUUAUUUAGCUCAUUUUUACAUUUUAGUUUGUGUCAGCAUUUCAUUGAUUUUGGAGUAGAAUGUCCUUUUUAAGAAGUCACAAGAACUGAGCUAUAGCACGCGUUAUAGCAAUUUGUUAUAUAUUUUUGGGCUCUUAAAAUCUAAUGUUAUUUCUUCUCUUUCUCUUGACCUCCCCUCCCCCCUCCUCCUCUCUUCAGGAGAAGGACCCUCUGAAAAUGAUUCCAUUGAAGGAGGUCCACAAAGUUCAGGAGUGCAAACAGAGGUACUGCACACCUCAGCAUUCUCAUGGUUGAAGGAAGCCUCUACAUCCACAUACAGUGGGGAGAACAAGUAUUUGAUACACUGCCGGUUUUGCAGGUUUUCCUACUUACAAAGCAUGUAGAGGUCUGUAAUUUUUAUCAUAGGUACACUUCAACUGUGAGAGACGGAAUCUAAAACAAAAAUCCAGAAAAUCACAUUGUAUGAUUUUUAAGUAAUUAAUUUGCAUUUUUUUGCAUGCCAUAAGUAUUUGAUACAUCAGAAAAGCAGAACUUAAUAUUUGGUACAGAAACCUUUGUUUGCAAUUACAGAGAUCAUACGUUUCCUGUAGGUCUUGACCAGGUUUGCACACACUGCAGCAGGGAUUUUGGCCCACUCCUCCAUACAGACCUUCUCCAGAUCCUUCAGGUUUCGGGGCUGUCGCUGGGCAAUACGGACUUUCAACUCCCUCCGAAGAUGUUCUAUUGGGUUCAGGUCUGGAGACUGGCUAGGCCACUCCAGGACCUUGAGAUGCUUCUUAUGGAGCCACUCCUUAGUUGCCCUGGCUGUGUGUUUCGGGUCGUUGUCAUGCUGGAAGACCCAGCCACGACCCAUCUUCAAUGCUCUUACUGAGGGAAGGAGGUUGUUGGCCAAGAUCUCGCAAUACAUGGCCCCAUCCAUCCUCCCCUCAAUACGGUGCAGUCAUCCUGUCCCCUUUGCAGAAAAGCAUCCCCAAAGAAUGAUGUUUCCACCUCCAUGCUUCACGGUUGGGAUGGUGUUCUUGGGGUUGUACUCAUCCUUCUUCUUCCUCCAAACACGGUGAGUGGAGUUUAGACCAAAAAGCUAUAUUUUUGUCUCAUCAGACCACAUGACCUUCUCCCAUUCCUCCUCUGGAUCAUCCAGAUGGUCAUUGGCAAACUUCAGACGGGCCUGGACAUGCGCUGGCUUGAGCAGGGGGACCUUGCGUGCGCUGCAGGAUUUUAAUCCAUGACGGCGUAGUGUGUUACUAAUGGUUUUCUUUGAGACUGUGGUCCCAGCUCUCUUCAGGUCAUUGACCAGGUCCUGCCGUGUAGUUCUGGGCUGAUCCCUCACCUUCCUCAUGAUCAUUGAUGCCCCACGAGGUGAGAUCUUGCAUGGAGCCCCAAACCGAGGGUGAUUGACCGUCAUCUUGAACUUCUUCCAUUUUCCAACAGUUGUUGCCUUCUCACCAAGCUGCUUGCCUAUUGUCCUGUAGCCCAUCCCAGCCUUGUGCAGGUCUACAUGUCCUUACACAGCUCUCUGGUCUUGGCCAUUGUGGAGAGGUUGGAGUCUGUUUGAUUGAGUGUGUGGACAGGUGUCUUUUAUACAGGUAACGAGUUCAAACAGGUGCAGUUAAUACAGGUAAUGAGUGGAGAACAGGAGGGCUUCUUAAAGAAAAACUAACAGGUCUGUGAGAGCCGGAAUUCUUACUGGUUGGUAGGUGAUCAAAUACUUAUGUCAUGCAAUAAAAUGCAAAUUAAUUACUUAAAAAUCAUACAAUGUGAUUUUCUAGAUUUUUGUUUUAGAUUCCGUCUCUCACAGUUGAAGUGUACCUAUGAUAAAAAGACCUCUACAUGCUUUGUAAGUAGGAAAACCUGCAAAAUCAGCAGUGUAUCAAAUACUUGUUCUCCCCACUGUAUAUCGCAUGCAAAUUUGAUUUUGUUUACUUAUCUUUGUAUAUCCAGUGACAUCAUGAUGAGGGAUAAUCUCUUUGAGGUCGUCACCACUUCUAGGACCUUUUACAUUCAGGUGAGAAUAUUCCAUAUAAUGUCUAGAUUCAUUUUAAGAAUUAUCCCUCUCAGUAUAUGUAUUUCCCUCACCUCUGAAUCUCCCCCUUUACAAUUUGCCCCCUACCCCCACUCUCUCUCCCCCUUCCCCUCCCUCUAUCCCCCUGCCUCAUUGUCCCCUGUAUCCUCUCUCCCUGCAGGCUGACAGUCCAGAGGAGAUGCACAGCUGGAUCAAGGCUGUCUCUGGGUCCAUCAUAGCACUGCGGGGACCUGGGAGAUCUGCAGCCACAGUACGUAACCACCCACCAGGCCACUGGGAUGAUAGGGCUACUGCAUGCCCUCUGGCUCUUCUGUUCAGUCUCCUGUCUGUCUGGUCCUUAGUAACAACACAAAUUGAUCUGUUCUCUAUUUGUCACGUGUUCAUGGCAGCCCAACACACACAUAUACACACACAAACAAUGAGGAUGCAGGAAGGAGUGAAAAGUACAUGUCACAUUCUGUACUCACUACAGAGGGUAGAGGUUGGUCCCCCUCCUACUGUAGCUGUUAGCCCUCUUUCUGAGAGUGGCAUUGCAUAGGCAGUCGCCACAUGUCUACUCUUUUCUCUUUCUACCACUCCCUCUCUUUCCCCCCUGUACUGUGGGCUAGCCUGGCCCUUCCCAGCCUGCUCUAAUCCAGCUGUCCACUGUCUUUUCCCCCUGUACUGUGGGCUAGGCUGGCCCUUCCCAGCCUGCUCUAAUCCAGCUGUCCACUGUUGUUGCAGAUGCGGCAAGCCAGAUGGCUGUCGAACCCCUAUAUACAGAGGUAUACGGCCCGAAUCGGGGAGUGCAGCACGUAUGUCAGCUCCUGUUCCCCAAAGCUCCUUCUCUGUGCUGUUGUUUUUCACUAACCUUUGGUUUUCGAUGUCAUGGAGUGGACUGGAGAGUCACCAAUCUGCCUCCCUAAAAAACAAACUGUAAAUGUCCCUCCCUGUGUGGGCUCUAACCCUUCCACCCCGCUGCCCAUCCCAUAACUGCAACUCAGUCCUUCUCUCCUCUACCUGUGCUUCUUUGCUUUUCCUGUCAUUCUGUUCAUGCUCUACCUCAGCUCUGGGGUUAGUCCCAUAAACUCAUUCCCUUGACUUAAUGUAGCUUAAAGGGAUAUAGCGGGAUUCUGGCAUUUAGAGUCUGAUGAAGUCGUUGAUACCAUUUUUAUAGCUCUGCGUGCUGUAUAAAGGAAGUUAGUGGUAGUUUUGCAAGCCGUUAGUGCAAUGACUGGAAGAUUACAGGUACAGUAGCAAAGCUAGUUAGCAUUGGCUCGCAAUAUUACCGCUAACUUCCUUUAUACAGCAUGCAGAGACAUGAACUAGUGGAUACCAUUUUUAUCUGACUCUGAGUAAGUGCCAGAAUCUUGCAGUAUCCCUUUAACUUCCCUGGACCUCUGCAGCCAGUCACUGCCUCCCAUUCACUUCCACACCCACUCAUCCCGCUCUUAACUGCAGGUAGCCCAGGGGUUAAGAGCGUUGGGCCAGUAACCGAAAGGUCGCUGGUUUGAAUCCCGAGCCUACUAGGUGAAAAAUCUGUCGGUGCCCUUGAGCAAGGCACCUUAACCAUAAUUGCUCCUGUAAGUCGCUCUGGAUAAGAGUGUCUGCUAAAUGAAUAAUAUGUAAAUGUAACUUCCUAUUGAGGCCCUGUUGUCGCCAUUGAAGAUGUAACUUUUUAAACAUCCCUCUGCAACUUUGAAACUCUUACCACACUCACACACACACAUUUGCAAUCUGUACUAACGCAUCUCUGGUACAAACACAAUUUACAAAAAGUAUAAAAUCACUGGUUUCCCCUUUCAAUGGUCUUCGUAUUGAUUGUCCAAUGGGUGUAUAAUGGAGCCAGCCUGAUUUGAGUCUUACCUUAGUGUGCACUUGUUCACUUCCCUUAAUGGAUUUAAAAGUAAAGGACAAUAUGGUGGAAAAACACCCAAUGUUUUUAAAUGCAUCGUGGGGAGGGAGUGUAUGAAUGCAAACUUCAGGAGAAUUGGGACGCAACCUUAGGCUACCUCUCUAAGAUGUGCUGCAGUGUUGUGUAAAAAAUGUUGUACAGACCUGUUUCCUGUUUCUGUCUAUAUCACUUCAUAUGUGUCUCACACUCUCCUUGUCUCUCUCUCUGUGUCUCUCUGUGUCUCUCUGUGUCUCUCUCUGUGUCUCUCUCUGUGUCUCUGCAGUCUCCUGCAGCUGUGUACCUGUCUUAGAUGUCUCACAUCCUGCCUGUCUCUAGUUCCACCUCCUGUCCACUGCCUGUAUGACUGUUUACUCUCUCACACACCCUCAACUUACAUAAUAAUAAUAAUAUGCCAUUUAGCAGACACUUUUAUCCAAAGCGACUUACAGUCAUGCGUGCAUACAUUUUUGUGUAUGGGUGGUCCCGGGGAUCGAACCCACUACCUUGGCGUUACAAGCGCCAUGCUCUACCAGCUGAGCUACAGAGGACUACACCCAGUUAAUUUCUCAUUUUCUAAACAAAGACAAGUUUUGAAUUAACUUUAUCUUUGGGAGCUAAACCACAGUCUUAUUCACAUAAAUAGCUGUUUUAUGUUUGUGUUGUGUAUGUUUGUUUGAUGACUUCUUCUGUACAUGUACACUCGGAAGCUCUUGAACUAACCGACCUAACAUACCUGAAGAAUCACAUAGCCCUUUGUUUGCUCACACAUGGGCUGUUAUGGUGUAGGUGUUUCUGUUGCAUGGUCUGCUUCAAGUCAUCCAAUUAAACUGCACAUAUGUUUUUGACAAAUGUUCUCUGUCCGGCUGCAUGUUUGAAUGCAUGGUACAGAAUUAUGAAGACUUUGGUGAAACAAACACCAACCGGUCACUGACAUGUUCUUUCUUUAUUCCUCACCCCCUCUUGUUUUUACAGAGCGUGAAAUCUGACAGUGAAAUACUAACUUUCAAAAACACGACCACUACUACUACUGCUUGCACUACCACUGCAACUGUCACGGCUUUCCCAGCACUUCUACUGUCCGCUACUACUACUACUACUACUACUAAUACUACUACUACUACUACUUCUACUACUACCACUGCUGCUGCAUCAGCCGCUGCACCACAAGUCUGGCACUGACUCUAUUCACAACUCACUAUGUUUUCCAAAUUAGACUCGUCAUUGCCCUUGGUCCCUGUCUGACUGUGAUUUUGUGGGACACGCCCCUCUCUCAGCAGGAGCACUGUGGCCGUUCCUUCCCUUCCACAUUCUACCACAGCCACCCGGGGCCCCCCGUCCCUCGCUCGCCCAUAUCUGCAGUGCCACCCUACCCAGGGUGCCCUGCUGUCGCGGGCGGCGCACGCCCGGAGCCUGGCGUGGGACAGCGAGCAUUUCAUGAGCCUCCUGCCACGACCCAGCCACGCCCGACUGUCACUGCAGGAGACACUCCUGUCCAAGUGACUGCCGCCACCGCCCUCGAGUCGCCAUGGAGACGGCGCAGCACCUUUGAGGGCUACCCACCAGAACCCCCCCUUGACCUGGACGCUGCCGACCUG